AUGUCCUCGGAUCAUCUGGGUGCAAAACCAGUCACCAAAGAUCACGAUAGCCAGAGCUCCGGCAACCGGAAGAGUACAGCUGCAUCAGGGAGGCCGCAAGAGCAAACCCUAAGGUGUCCGAGAUGCGACUCGCCUAACACCAAGUUCUGCUACUACAACAACUACAGCCUUACGCAGCCGAGACAUUUCUGCAAGACUUGCAGGCGCUACUGGACCAAAGGCGGAGCUCUCCGCAACGUCCCCAUCGGCGGUGGUUGCCGCAAAAACAAGAAGAUCAAGUCUUCAUCAUCUUCGUCUUCAAGGCUUUCUGGUGACUCGGGCGGUUCGUCUUUGGAGAUUGGUGGGUUCAAGUUCUUUCAUGGUCUCGCUCCAGCCAUGGACUUUCAGCUUCCGAGGCUAAACCCUUCGCCAACUGGUUUCUAUAACCAGUUUUCUUCUUUCGGAUUGGAUAGUACCUGUACUUCUUCUUUCAGCCUCGAUCAUCACCAUCAAGCUGGAAGCUCUGGUAACAAUAACAGUUCUUUGUUGGGCUUCAAUUAUCCCCUCUCUUCGGUCGCCACUACCAGCGGUGCAAUUCAUGAUUUGGGUUCAGGAGGGUCGGUGAAUGUCAGCAGCAACCUGGCAUCUUCAAUUGAGUCUUUGAGUUCACUAAACCAAGACUUACACUGGAAAUUGCAGCAGCAAAGAUUAGCGAUGCUUUUCGGGGAAGAAAACCAGAAGGAGAACGACAACGUUUCAUCAGUCCCUCUGGAGAAGCCACAGCCCAUUUUGUUUCACAACCUGGAGAAUUCAAGAAAAGAAAGUGUAAAUUCCGAGACUGCAACCGAGUGGUUCUUUGGGAAUUCUUAUGCUCCUACUCCUACCAACAGCACAGCCAACGAUACCACAAACAACUGGAACGGAGUUCAAGCAUGGAAUGACUUGCAUCAGUACAGUUCUUUACCCUAGUGGAGAAUUCGUAUAACUUACCUGCAGAACAGUAAGAUGUAGAAGAUAUUAGGGUAAAAGUAGCAUACAUAUGGUGGUAUAUUAUCCAACCCAUUUUAGGUAUAUGUUUGUUCUUUAUUUUCAUUUGCUGCUAAAUGCAAAAUGUAGAAGUUGGGGAAAGGAUCAGAUCAAAUAGGGUAUGUUUCUUUGUUUUUCGAUAUUUUUGUUUUUUAGUAAGAUGUUGGAGGAGAAUCUCU